CGUGUCUGCGUGUGGCGCGUGUGUGUGCGCGCGCGCGCGCGUGUGUGUGUGUGGCGGGGGCGGGCUCUGCGCCCGGGGGCAGGCCUCCGCAGUGAGAGUGGCAGCUGGACUUGCCAGGCUGCGAGGGACAGGGUGCAGAGCCGCAGUGCCAGUGCCGUAGUAGCGGGCGGCCGAGACGAACCGCUGGGGAACCGCAGAUCCCCGGGCGGAGGCCGAGGACCCGGGAGCUGCCUGCCCGCAGGCGGGUCGCCCGAUCUCCGCUGCGCGCCCCGGGGCUCCCCUCCCCCGCCUCCUCCCCCUCCCCCGAGAGGGCUGCGCGGGCGGGAAGACGCCCUUACGCCAGCUUCGGUCCCCUUUCCGUCUCUCGGUUCCUCUUUCCUCCCAAGUAAGGGAAUAAACUGUGAGGAAGGAGCGCCCCGGGCAACCGCGCAACCAAGUGUUGCAUGGUGAGGAGAGCCAGGAUUCCGAAUUUGCCUUGACUGCAGCAGGAGGAUGUCUGAGAGGAAUACCAGAGGCCUUCUCUCAGCUGCUGCAUUGUGCCCGCUGUGGCCAUAGUCGCGUGAGUCCUCGAGAGGUUUCCAGAAGGGCAUAUCCAUUGCCCACCUGCAAUGAGCCAGGCACCGGGCCAGGCCUGGGCUUCACUCUGCUGAACAAAACCAUCCCUGGCCUCAAGACGCUUACAUCCAGUUUUAAAGAUGAGUGGUGAACGAUGGGUUUCUCUCACUCCGGAAGAAUUUGACCAACUCCAGAAAUACACAGAAUAUUCCUCCAAGAAGAUAAAAGAUGUCUUGGCUGAAUUUAAUGAGGGUGGGAGCCUCAAGCAAUAUGAUCCACAUAAGCCAAUCAGCUACGAUGUCUUCAAGCUGUUCAUGAGGUCAUACCUGGAAGUGGAUCUUCCCCAGCCACUGAGCACACACCUCUUCCUGGCCUUCAGCCAGAAGCCCAGGCAGGAGACCCCCGACCACCCCAAGGAGGGGGCCAGCAGCAGUGACCCUAACGGCCCAGAUUCUAACCUACAGAAUGCAGACAAUGCUGCAAAAGCAGAUGAAGCCUGUGCCCCUGAUACUGAAUCAAAGAUGGCGGAGAAGAAAGCACCAGCUAGAAACCAAGUGGCUGCGACCCUCCUGGGAGCCCCUCCUGCUGGGUCUGCCAGCUCAGGACCCCCCAUAGUGUACCUGAAGGAUGUCGUGUGCUACCUGUCCCUCCUGGAGACUGGGAGACCUCAGGAUAAGCUAGAAUUCAUGUUUCGCCUCUAUGAUUCAGAUGAGAACGGACUCCUGGACCAAGCGGAGAUGGAUUGCAUUGUCAACCAAAUGCUGCAUAUUGCCCAGUACCUGGAGUGGGAUCCCACGGAGCUAAGGCCUAUAUUGAAGGAGAUGUUACAAGGGAUGGACUACGACCGGGACGGCUUUGUGUCUCUGCAGGAAUGGGUCCAUGGAGGAAUGACCACCAUUCCGCUGCUGGUCCUCCUGGGGAUGGACGAGACCGGCUGCACGGGGGACGGGAGGCAUGCCUGGACGCUGAAGCAUUUUAAGAAGCCAACCUACUGCAACUUCUGCCACCUCAUGCUGAUGGGGGUCCGGAAGCAAGGCCUGCGCUGCACGUACUGUAAAUACACUGUCCAUGAACGCUGUGUAUCCAAAAACAUCCCUGUGUGUGUCAAAACAUGCUCAAAAGCCAAAAGGAGUGGUGAGGUGAUGCAGCACGCAUGGGUGGAAGGGAACUCCUCCGUCAAGUGUGACCGGUGCCACAAAAGUAUCAAGUGCUACCAGAGUGUCACCGCGCGGCACUGCGUGUGGUGCCGGAUGACGUUUCACCGCAAAUGUGAAUUAUCCACGUUGUGUGACGGUGGGGAGCUCCGAGACCAUAUUUUGCUGCCCACCUCGAUAUGCCCCAUCCCCCGGGACAGGCAAGGUGGAAAGUCCGACAGCGGCAGUACGGCAGCCAAGGGCGAAUUUGUAAUGCAGUAUAAGAUCAUCCCCACCCCAGGGACCCACCCCCUGCUGGUCUUGGUGAACCCUAAGAGCGGAGGGAGACAAGGAGAAAGAAUUCUUCGAAAAUUCCACUACCUGCUCAACCCCAAACAAGUUUUCAACCUGGACAAUGGGGGACCUACUCUAGGGCUGAACUUUUUCUGUGACACUCCAGACUUCCGGGUGCUGGCCUGUGGAGGAGAUGGCACAGUCGGCUGGAUUCUGGAUUGCAUUGACAAGGCCAACCUUACAAAGCAUCCACCUGUGGCUGUCCUGCCUCUUGGAACAGGAAAUGACCUUGCCCGGUGUCUCCGCUGGGGUGGAGGUUACGAAGGGGGCAGCUUGACAAAAAUCCUCAAGGACAUUGAGCAGAGCCCCUUGGUGAUGCUGGACCGCUGGUAUCUGGAAGUCAUCCCCAGAGAGGAGGUGGAGAAUGGAGACCAGAUCCCGUACAGCAUAAUGAACAACUACUUCUCCAUCGGCGUGGAUGCUUCCAUUGCACACAGAUUCCACAUGAUGAGAGAGAAACACCCUGAAAAAUUCAACAGCAGGAUGAAGAACAAGCUGUGGUACUUUGAAUUUGGCACCUCAGAGACCUUUGCAGCCACCUGCAAGAAACUCCACGACCAUAUAGAGUUGGAGUGUGAUGGAGUUGAGGUAGACCUGAGCAACAUCUUCCUCGAAGGCAUUGCCAUUCUCAACAUUCCCAGCAUGUACGGAGGUACCAAUCUCUGGGGAGAAACCAAGAAGAACAGGGCUGUGAUCCGGGAAAGCAGGAAGAGCAUCACUGACCCGAAGGAACUGAAAUUCUGCGUCCAAGACCUCAGUGACCAGCUCCUUGAAGUGGUGGGGCUGGAGGGAGCCAUGGAGAUGGGGCAGAUCUACACCGGCCUGAAGAGUGCAGGCAGGAGGCUGGCCCAGUGUUCCUCUGUCACCAUCAGGACUAACAAGCUGCUGCCAAUGCAAGUGGAUGGAGAGCCCUGGAUGCAGCCACCCUGCACGAUUAAAAUUACUCACAAGAACCAAGCGCCCAUGAUGAUGGGGCCUCCCCAGAAGAGCAGCUUUUUUUCACUGAGGAGGAAAAGCCGUUCAAAAGACUAGACUGUGUGUCAAACACCAGCCAAACCAAGAGAGAAAACAAGAAACUGUAACUACAUUCACACAGACGUGCACACAUGCACACACAGACGUGCACACAUGCACACACACACACACACACACACACACACACACACACACAGCAAAGCCGCCCUGCUGGAAGGAAACUUCACCUCGACAUGUAUUUGGAAAUAAGGGAAACACCCCUGACAGAACCAGUCCCACAGAACAUUUCAGAUACGCUUAGGGCCGAAGCAACCCCCACAUUCCCGGAGGCCCUGAGCAGGACUGGCAGAGACUGCAGGAGAAAUCUCCCCUUCUUUUCACCAGCCCUGCAAGUUUCCUCAGCGACGCCCGUGAGGAGCAGGCUGCCCACAGUGAGCUCGGAUGUGGUCAAGGCCCAGAGCUCCAUUCCAGAGAAUCUGCGCAGAAAUCCUUUUGUACAGAGACAGCAGCCUGCAGCCCUGGGAGCAGAAUCCCUGGCGGGGCUCAGAAAGCACAAGAUGGCUUCCUGGUUGCCCUUCGAGCAAGGACUUCUCCCCGAAUUUGCUGAGGCGGCAGGAAGGCUGCCGCGAGCUGUUUCCAUUCCCGGUUCUCUGCGCUGUCAGUGGGCACUUGUUCAUUUCCCGGGCCCUCUCCCGGUGGCUGCGUGUUUGUUUAGCGACGGCUCCAAGAGCCCCCAGAGCUGCCUGCCCGGCACACCUCAGAUGUGGUAUUUAUUUUCUUAGUUCUGUGAACACCUGGGAGGGAAAGCGGAGAAACUGGGCUUUAUUUUUCAAAUCGGUGUCAUAACAGUGUAUAAAAGGGGGGGGGGGGGCUACCCAGCUUCUUUUUGCCUCCCGCCCCCAGGUCCAAACGUUUAUCCUGUUGCAAGCCCUGGUGGCCGUCUGUCCCCGAAGGCAGAGACGGUGGGAGGCAAGCACUUGUUGGGGACCCCGGAAAACAGUCCACCAGGGGUCCCCUGUGCUCUUGGCCCCUCCCAGUCGGAAGGACCUUCGAUGGUCUUGCGUGUGUGUAUAUAUGUGGGAUAUAUAUUUAUAUAUAAUACAUAAAUAUUUAUUUACUGACGGACUUUUUCUGAUUGGAAAUAAGCAUAGGUAACAUGGGAACAGAAAGUGGACAAGAAAAGGAAGGCUCUUUCCCACUUCGCCAUUUCGUUGUCAAGGCACGCUUCCCCGUGCUGAUCACAAGGUGCAAGGGGAGUGACAGGAGCUGCUCGUCAUGAAGAAAACAUCUAUUAUGGGUCCUCAGAACAACCACGAGAGAGCUGCCUGGCGAAUUAUUCUCCUGUUUGUCAAACGAAGAAACUGAGUCUCAGAAAAGUGAAGAGGCCUGGGCCGGGGAUUUAGCUCCGUGGUUUCGCCGCCUGCUGCGCAAGCUCAAGGACCCGAGUACAUCCCCGGUACCCACCCACCCCAAAAAAACAAAGUGAAGAGGCUUGGCUAAUGUGGGUCAAAAGCAGGCGCCACUAAAAAGGUAGUUAUGGGAGGAAAGGACCCACACAUCUGGGAAUAGGCUCAUUUCGGGCCACGGAGGAGGGAUACUACUUGGAUCCAGGUUUCCAAGGAGGAAAAAACGUGCAGCAAGUGUGUGGAAAGGGCAAAUUCACACAAGCAAAUGGGGCCCUGGGAAGGCUUCCCAGCCUGAAUUGGAGAGAAGUUGGUCUGAGCUGAAGGCAUCGGACAGAUGAUCAAACUGAACUCUCCACAUGACCCUCCUGUUGAUCACCAGAGUCUCUUGGUUUGGAAAAACCCUGGCUACAGCAGUGACCUCAGUAGAGAGUCACCAGGAAGACUGAGUGCCCUUCGAAGGAUGCUUUCAGCCAGCACAGAGGGUCUCACAGUGCAUGGUGGGCUUCAUUAAGACGGUGCCAGCAUCCCUUUCUUUCCCAAGGGCAAUUCUGUGCAGAGCUUCAUUGAUACAAAGCAACAUUUUCACUUGAGGCCCCAUCCCUCGUUCAAAUUUCUCAAGUCCUGAGCCCACCUGACACCACUCCAUUGAGCUGCCUCUAGUCUCCUUGGACUGAGCCAGGAGCUCUGGACAAGGAAGGCAGUAUUAAUAUGGUGUGUACAAACUGGGUCUACCUCUGAAGGGACCAGCCAUCUAGGACCAUCUGGUACUGAGAUCUGGGACCAUCCUACUCAAUCCAACAGUGCUGAAUCCCGAGAAAAUCGAAACCAGGCUCCCUGAAGCAUAGCCUUCCUGAUGGGAUCCUUGAAUGGCUCCAGAAUGGUGAUAGGUACUGUCUCCGAAGCCAUUUGAUUCUGAAACUGAGGCAGGUUCAGGUUUGGGGUCCCUGAUUCUAUGACAUUUACAGGAGCUUCUGUGUAGGUUUCAGUCCUGAUCCCCCAAGAUUGAGGCUGUUGAGACAUGACACUAUCAACAGAUGAAAUUAUUCUCAGACAUGCAGGGGUCAUGCCAAAAUAGGCUUCCAUCCACUCCACCCCAGUGAGCAGAAAGUGAAUAUUGCUUGAGAGACAUACCUGGGCUCUCCUGAGAGGAACAAAAUGGAAGAAACUUCAGUGGAAUCGCCUGCUGAUUCGAUAACCUUCGUAAAUCUUGUGGUGUUGUUUAAUCUUACUUUGGAAAUCAUCUUUUAAACACCAUGACUGCGGUUUCUUACUGUGUAGUGCCUCAUCAGAGUGAUUCCCCACUGCAAUAACUGAGGUUAGCAAAGAAGGUAUUAUUAUCUUGAUCAUAACGAGGAGAAGGAGGCCGAAUGAGGUUGAGUGACUUCUCAAAGCCACACAGGUAGUAUGGGGAGAGCCUAGUCCCUUAUUUCUUGUCUUAAUUCUAAUUCUAACUGUGCUAUAAACAUGUUCUCACCUGCCUUCAUGCUCCCACCCCACUAGCAAUAAAACAGUGAAACAGGAAA